AUGCGCGGACAGCUGGAGUUAACGCCGACGUACGCGGCGCAGCUGGACGGGAAGAUCCUAGCGAAUGCACACGCGGCGGGCGACGUAGACGGCGACGGAGCGACGGAACUGCUCUUCGGCUCACUCAUGGGCAAAGUAUCGGUCUUCAAGAUUGUGGGGGGUCGCCUGGCGCAGUGGAGAAGCUGCGAGGUGAACGGAUCCGUGACGUCCAUUUGCCUCGACUAUUGCUUUGCUGGAGACGUGAGUACUCGGAUUAUUGUGGCGACAGCGGAAGGAAAAUGCUCCGUGUUCCGUUCGGUGGAGGGCGCUGAAGUGCUGCAGCUGUGCUCCGAGUUUAGUGUUGCGCUCAAUGUCUGUGAUGUGGUGCACUUGAAUGACGAGCUCAUUCUUUCAACACGUGAUGGACGAGUGCUCGUCUACCGGCCCAACACGAAUCAUGACGAGCUUGCUGAGUAUUCUCAGGUCGCUCAAAUGGAGAUCAAUGGCGAGAUCGAAACGCUGAUCGUGCUUCACUCCAAGACGGACGCUUCGCCUCGACUGGUGGCUCGGUGCUUCUCGGGUGAAGUGUAUUCCAUUAGUGGAUCCAGUCAUGGGGACAAGAGAGCGAUUGUGCCUUGGGAAGGCCCGCCGUGCGAGACCGAAGGUGUCACAUUCGUGGUGGGCGACAUCGAACUGGGAGGUGAACGAGGAAUGAAUGCGCUUGUGUCGAUGAAUGGCCUUGUGUCUUUGUUCUCGUCUUCUGGGGAGAGGCAGUGGGAUUUCCAGUUGCCUGAGGCUGUGGUGAACGCUGACAAACUCGAGAUGACAACAGAGCGUGGGGAUCGCCAGGAUGCUAUUGUGGUCUGCACGUGGAGUGGACAAAUGUACGCAAUCCAAAGCGAACGACAGCUCGUGCGCUUCCGGAUGCUGCUGCCUGGCUGCUCGAUGUUCUGUGUGGGAAUCCGUGAUUCGUCUGCUCAGAUCGACCCCACUAUUGUAGGCAUCAGCACUUCAGGCACGGUUUUCGUUUACCGUGACGUGCAGGCAACAUUAACUCGAGGUCUACAGGAUUCGACUCUGGCGAACACAGUGAGGGAAAGCGCAGUGUUUGCUCAGUUGGACACAGUGGAGAAGCGUAAGGAAGUGAUGGAGAAACUCCAAAGGGCCUUCCCACAAUGUGUGCUGUCCGCCAAGUCUGAGGCACCGAGUGUAGAAGAACUUCUUCGGGUGAUGCUUGCGGUUCAGCUGCACCUGUAA